GCCCGGGGGCUGGGGGUCCCACGGGGACACUCACGGGGUCUCUUGCAGCGGGACGUCCCCCCUGGCCUGCCUGAAUGCCAUGCUGCACACCAACUCCCGGGGGGAGGAGGGCAUCUUCUACAAGGUCCCGGGCAGGAUGGGCGUCUACACCCUCAAGAAGGACAUCCCGGAUGGGCUGAAGGAGCUGUCGGAGGGCUCGGAGGAGAGCAGCGAUGGCCACUCUGACUCGCAGAGCUCGGAGCACAGCAGCUCCAGCAGCGACGGCUGCGCCGCCAAGGACAGGAGGAAGAGCAGGUGGAAAAGGAAAGGUGAGUUCCUGUCUGGGGAGAGGAGGUUUCACCUGGGUCCUGGCUGGGAGCAGAGCACAUCUCUGGCCUCUGAAUGAUCCCAGCUCAGCUGCUGCUGCUGCAGGUGGGCAGGGAAGGGGACAGGUACCUGAGUGUCUUGGUUGGAAAGGACAGGUGUCUGCUCAGGAAGGCAGGAGCCUCCCCUGAAAUGGAAAAUGUAAACCCCCUUCCUUACUGUGUUUCUGCUCAGCUUCUGGAGGUUCAUAUAUGUUGCACUGGCUUUCCCUGUACUUUCUCAAACCAUUACUUCCUCCUUCGUUCCCUACAGAAAGAAACAUCUGGCAAAAUAAUGGCUUUUCCCUUAGUUCAG